AUGAAGUCCUCUCGGUAUGGCACCUUACAGCUGGUUCUGAAGAAAACACGAUCGUACUUAAAACGAUGUGGUCUACAAGAUCGCGUCCUGAUGCGAAGAGUUUUAAAAUCGACGAUCAAUACUACGUGCGCGUUUAUAUUCUGUUUGAUCCCUGCUGUCCGCCAGAGGCUCGCUAGCGAGCCGUCCAUGCUGCCGUUAAUUUCGGUGAUGGUGCAUCCCGGUCGAAGGGUGAGCUCAAUUAUUCAGAGUACGAUUUACGUUAUUACUGGUCUGCUGUUGGGGCUACUUUAUGCAUUACUGGGCCGCUUUGCAGCGCAGAGGUGUCUUGGUGACACUUGGCACUCGUGGACAGCUAUGGAGCAAUACACCCAAAAUUACAAGCGGUACGAGAGUGCCCUAGCGGUGCUAGCUGUCUUCGAAAUAUGCAUGCUAUUUUUUCAUGGAUGGAUGCGUGUGGUCAACCAUAACUACUUCCACGUGGUUUUCCCGCUAUUUAUCGUAGUGCAUUUCUCAUUUCUGUCGCCCUUAAGCAUCGAUGCCGCACAGAUUGCGAAGACUUUCACAAUUCCUUUUUACCUAGGGAUCUCCAUGUCACUAUUCUGGAACCUGGUUCUUUAUCCUGAAUUUGGGAGUACCUAUUUAGGAAAUACGGCAAUCGAUACAAUGAACGAAAUCCACCAUUUCUUGAACAAUGCAGUUAACUUCUUUAUCUCUAUCGAUAACGAGGUGCUCUCGGACUCAUUGUACGGGAAGAAGCCAUGUACACUGGCCAGGCUGCUCACACUGAAAAAUGAAAUAGAGAUUAAGAUUAAUAAUUGCGCAUUGGUCCUAGAAGAGUGCACAUAUGAGAUCUCUUAUUCUUAUCUUUCUCCCUCGCAAUUAAACGGUCUCAUUAUGACCCUAAAGUCGCUACAGCGGUACCUAAGUGGAGUCACCAAUGCUUGCCAGAUGGAGUUUCUAUUACUAGGCAAGGCUCAACGGGACAGCGACUCCGCUGUUGAGCAGGCGAUGUCGAAAGAAAUAUCCCAUGCUGACGCCGAGAAGUUAUUGCACAUUCUGCGAAGACUGAAAUUUCCUAUCUUUGAGCUCCACAAAACACUGAAUACAUGCUUUUAUAUGCUUAAAAUCCUACUCGCAGAUGCCUACGAUGUUGAUUUUAGUCGUGUUAGGGUUCCAAGCAUUUUCAAGGAGCAGGAUGACGUUGUGCCCGUCUAUCGUCAGAAGACAGAUUUGCCGAAGGAUUAUGAGUUCCAAAGCACGCUGAGGAAACUACAGGAUGCUGUGUCUUCAUUUGACACCGAAUUCCGUAAGGAACUUGCCAAUAUCGACCACGAUUUACUAACACCGAGUGACGAGAUGUUCUUGCUAUCAUCGUUUUUGAUGAACUUCAAGGAGUCUACUUCUCUUUUAAUGUCACUUGUGCAUGAAGUUGAACAGAUUCAUAAAGUGCGAAAGGACCGAGAGAGAAAGGGGUGGCUCCGUGGGAAGUCAUUAUGGUGCCCUGCACUGGAAAGUAUGGAUAGUUUCAAGCGUUGGUUUCAGAGGAGUCAUCAGAGUACGACAGAAAAUGACGCGUUGAGGGGAACUUUGGACCCCGGUUCAGAUACUCAUGGUGAAACAGUAGCUGCUCGACCGAACAUUGAUGACCUUGUACUCAGAAAACAACAGAGUAACGAGACAUAUGGAAGUCCUGAGUGGGAAAGCCUUCCGACUGCUUCAAAUUCAAACACUAGCGACCGACAGAACAUCAGACAUCUUUCUCUGCAGGGAAAAACAUUGAAUAUCAUUACUGAUGCCCUAUGUCGUUGGCUGCGAAUUAUCACUGUCACUAUAAAUUGCACGUUCAGGGACUACAGGAAUAAUUUCAGAUUUGCAUUUCAGGUGACCAUUGCACUGACAUUAGCCAGUUUCCCAAUGUAUAUACCGGCUACUCGAGAGUGGUAUAUGAAAAUUCGUGGUACCUGGGUCGGCUUUGUUUGCAUUCUAUGCUUAGAACCCAAUGUUGGGGCGACGUAUUUUGUCUUUCUACUAAGGGCUGUUGGUGUGAUACUUGGUGCAUUUUGGGCGUAUGUAUCAUAUCAAGCUGGUAUGAACCAAUCUAACCCAUAUUUGGAGGUCUUUAUCACUAUAUUUGGGACUGCACCGGGAUUUUAUUACCUACUUGGCUCCCCACAUAUUAAAGCAGCUAUUAUUCAAAUAAUUAGCAUAUAUGCUGUGCUAUUAGCCACUAUCAUUCCUUCCUCUAUAGGUGGUUCAAUAGGAGAAAACGUGUGGAAAAGAAUUCUUGCAGUUGGAUAUGGGGGUGGGAUUGCAUUGUUAGUGCAAUCAACUGCUUUUCCGAUUACGGCUAGAGACCAGCUUAAUGAAGAGCUGGCAUUUGUAGUCGGUUGUCUGGCUGAGAUUGAGGUACUGUAUGCAGGGGAAUUGGACGCUCCUCACAAAAUUACUAUCUCCAAAGCUACAUUGGACCGUAUCUCGUUUUUAUCGUCAAAUGCUAAAUCAGCUAUAAACAGGGCAAGUGCAUACAAAACAAUAGCAAGGCGUGAACCGAGACUUAAAGGGAGCUACAAAGAAAUCGAGAAGGUUUUCACACAGAUGAUCUUUGUUCUGAGGCAAAUUAUUGAACGCAUGGAUAAUAUUGAGUUCUUACGAAAGCAAUAUGGGUUUGGCAUAGUAGAGGAACUAAAUCACGCUGUUUACCCAUAUAGGAGACAUGUUGCUGCCGCCCUAGGAAAUCAACUAAGGUCUAUACAAGAAGCUCUGAUCAAUAAACGGCCGCUUCCGCAGUACUUACCCAGUGCCCGAAUAGCACAGAAGCGCUUACUUAACAAGGUAAGAGACACACUCUACAUGAACUACAGAAGAGGAUACGACUUCCUCUCUUCCAGAUCCACGGCAGUAGCUGACGGUAAUGAUAAUGGAUUCGAACAAAAUGAUGAUGAGGGAAUAUUGUUAAGAGUUAAAAGACCUAGGACUAAGUUAACCCCGUCUGAAAUAGAUGGGUUACGGGAAAGAUACCUGAGCUGGAACGCUACAGGCGCUGGAUUCGCUGAAGUCAUCGAAUACACCGAGGAAUUGAUACAACUAACUAUAUUUUUAGUGGGUGUAAACGAAUUCAAGUAUGGGUUCCUUUCACGUCCACUGUAUAGUGACUGGGCUGCCCAGGCUGUCACUCAGUUUGAUGCAUUUGUCAAGGGAUACUCUGCUGUGCGUGAAGACGUACCUAUGCGGAGAGAUCAUUCAGGUGUAGAAGGUGAUCAUCUCACGGUUUAUUCUGAUAUGGGAAUGGAACUUCCACAAACGAAAACUAAAACUAUGCACUCCCACGCUCGCAGGGGGGCGAGCAAACUGAACCUUGCGAGAAUUGCAUCCAAAGAUACUGUCGAACCCGAAACAAAGCUCAUGUCAGGAAAUGAUGACCGCUUAGAUCUUCAACUCACAAAGACACUAGGUGAUUUGGAAGAUGAGGAUGAGGAUCUCUACAACGAACAGGAAUUACCGAUAGCGUUGAGGAGAUACUUGAGUAGGAAGAAAGACUAA